AUGGAAGAAUACGACCAACUGAUAAGACCGAUGAUGAUGUCCUUUGAAAUUUUCGGCUGCUGGCCUCACAGCUCCGGAGGAAUAAUCUCAAGUAAAGUGCACCGGGCCAUCAUGUACCUAAUGACGUUAGUCGCAUGCACAACCACGACAGCCGAAGCCAUACUCUUCUGGGGUCUAGAUAUGAACGAGACCAUAGAGUGUAGCCUCGUAUCCUCGGCUUUUUACAUGGUGCACUUGAGGGUCAUUGUUUUCGCGAGCAAACGCCAGGACAUGCUAUUCGUCCUGGACACCAUGAGAAACGACUGGGUCAAGUCAACUCCAUCCGAGAGAUCCGUCCUGAGAAACAAGUGCCGGCUCGCGUUCAAACUCGCAAAGUUUUUCAUCAUCAGCGUCGCGAGUACGGCCCUCGCCUUCGUUUUUAUGCCGAUUCUCGAGAUGAAACUGGCCGAUGGAGAAACAGGUCAGAGCAAGCUACCCUUCGGCGGUUAUUACUUUUUCAACCACACGACAUCGCCACGCUACGAGUGCACGUAUUUUGUAAAUUCGGUGAUUGGCUGCUUCAGUAGUAGCACCAUUGCCGGUGGCACGAGUUUUUGUCUCAUAGCGACGAUCCACGCCGCGGCCAAGUUUGCCCUCGUCCAGAGGGACUUUCGGACCCUCGACUCCUCGGACUGGACUGCUGGUGGCCCGAAAAUCGAAGGGGUCGUGCGGAAACACCUCGAGUGCAUCAGAUUUGCCGAAAAAGUCGAGAGCGUAAUAAAUUUCCUGGCGCUGGCGCAGUUUAUCAUAAGCACCGGACUCAUGUGCUUUGGCGGGUUUCAACUCACAACGAUGCUGGAGGAUAAGACGCGACUACUGAAAUACGCUUCGUUUCUGCAGUCCGCUGUUUUGGAGCUGUUUAUAUUUAGCUACAGCGGCCAUAGGCUCAAAACCGAGAGCGAAAAUGUCGCAGAUGUUACCUAUUUGAGCAAUUGGAUUGGUACUUUGUCGCCGACAAAUUUUAAAAUGGUCUCGAUGAGGUCGAGCAAACCGUGCACCAUCACAGCUGGAAAAUUCUACGACAUGUCCCUCGAGUCGUUUUUACAGGUUAUGAGCUCGUCCUUUUCGUACUUUACGGUUCUUUUAGCUAUGAAAGACGAGUAAAACUAGCAAUUGAAUUUUAGACUUCUCGUGUAAACUCACAAAUUAAAAUAAUAUUACAUAGUAACUAAAAUAACAGCACUAAAAAAAAAAAAUUACCAGUGUUAUUUUAAUCGAUCACGUUAAAGAUACUUUCGUAAAUAGAGUAUGACAAAUAAAAAAACUUAACAUUUGGAUCUCUUGGUCUGUCGAACACUCAUUCAAAUGAAUGUACGAGCAAUUUUUUUUCAUGGUUAUUCACCGACAGUUCACAAAAAAAAAAAAAAAAAAAAAAAAAAAAAAAAAAACACAUUUAUUACUCGGUAAAGUUUGAUUUUUUAAUGAAUAAUCUCCAUACAUCGAUUCUAUAUUAGGGUGACGCAUUUAUUGAUCACGAUCGUGGUACUCGUAUCUCAUUAGAUCUUUUUGAUCAGAGCUUCAGUAUUGCAAGCCUACGUGAUGGAAAAAACCGUAAAUUUUUCACUCAACAUUCAAUCAACUCGCAAAAUUUACUACAAGUUUAAAGUGAGGGUGUUGCUAUAAAAAUGCGCGAUGGAAAAACGUUAUCAAGUGCUCAAUUCUUUUUUUUCGAGGGUGAAGAGUAAGGACAAGAAAAAUGACCAACCUUGACCCUUGACGCGCGCGUAAAAAAUACACGA